CCAACUGCUUCUCUCAUAUAUUUUUUAUUUUUUUUUAUUUUUAAAAAAUAUACACGUCUCGGUUGGUUCGGUUUGAGUCCGAGUCACCAGUUCUCUAGUAAACUUGGCGAGUUAAAUUGGUCCAAACCGAUUUAAACCGGUCAUAUACCGGUUCUCGGUCAGUCCGAACCGAGUUUAAGAGACUGCAUUCAGACAUAGCCUUGAAGCGCAUAGAUAGAUAUUUUCCCUCUUCAUUUAACUAUUGAAUUAGGGUUUAUAAGCAAUAAAACCCUAAUUCCUUUUCAACGAAAAGAAAGCACCAGAGAAUCUGAAAUGGAGGUUGAGAGUGUGAGCGCAGCAGUAAUGGAGAAGAGGGAGAUAAUCAACAAUGUGAUGUGCCUUUUGACGGAUCCAGAUGGAGCUCCUCUUGGUGCUCCUAUGUACCUUCCUCAGAAUAUCGGUCCACAACAGCUCCAACAGAUUGUUAAUAUGCUUCUACACAAUGAGGAGAAAUUACCGUAUGCUUUUUACAUAUCAGAUGAGGAGCUUCUUGUACCACUUGAAACAUACUUGCAGAAACACAAAGUCUCGGUGGAGAAGGCAUUGCCUAUAGUUUGUCAACCUCAAGCUGUUUUUCGGAUUCGUCCUGUGAGUCGUUGUUCAGCAACAAUUUCUGGUCACGGAGAAGCUGUAUUGUCUGUUUCUUUUAGUCCUGAUGGGCGACAGUUGGCUAGUGGUUCUGGUGAUACCACUGUUCGAUUUUGGGACCUUGGCACUCAGACACCAAUGUUCACAUGCACAGGACACAAGAACUGGGUCCUUUGUAUUGAAUGGUCACCAGAUGGCAAGUAUCUUGUAAGUGGGAGCAAGUCAGGGGAACUUCUGUGUUGGGACCCACAAACUGGAAAGCAAUUAGGCAAUCCUCUAAAUGGCCACAAGAAAUGGAUUACUGGUAUCUCUUGGGAACCUCUCCACCUGAAUGCUCCUUGCCGUCGAUUUGUAAGUGCAAGCAAAGAUGGGGAUGCUCGUAUAUGGGAUGUUUCUUUAAAGAAAUGUAUGGUACUCAGUGGCCACACACUUUCAGUAACAUGUGUAAAAUGGGGUGGAGAUGGUGUGAUUUAUACAGGGUCCCAGGAUUGUACAAUCAAAGUUUGGGAAACCACACAAGGGAAGCUAAUUCGGGAACUGAAGGGACAUGGGCAUUGGGUUAAUUCUUUAGCAUUGAGCACUGAGUAUGUUCUUCGGACUGGAGCUUUUGAUCAUACUGGAAAACGUUAUUCAUCUCCAGAGGAAAUGAAGAAGGUUGCUCUUGAAAGGUACAAAACAAUGAGAGGUAAUGCCCCUGAAAGAUUGGUCUCUGGAUCUGAUGAUUUCACAAUGUUCCUUUGGGAACCCUUCAUCAACAAGCACCCUAAAACUCGCAUGACAGGUCAUCAACAGCUUGUGAACCAUGUCUAUUUUUCGCCUGAUGGACAAUGGAUAGCGAGUGCGUCUUUUGAUAAAUCUGUGAAGUUAUGGAACGGCACUACAGGGAAAUUUGUCACCGCUUUUCGUGGCCAUGUUGGGCCUGUUUACCAGAUCAGCUGGUCUGCAGACAGUAGACUUCUUUUGAGUGGCAGCAAAGAUUCUACACUUAAGGUUUGGGAUAUUCGGACUCGUAAGUUGAAGCAAGACCUUCCGGGCCAUGCUGAUGAAGUAUUUGCUGUUGAUUGGAGUCCAGAUGGAGAGAAGGUAGCCUCUGGUGGUAAGGAUAAAGUGUUGAAGUUGUGGAUGGGUUAGGCUUAAUUUUUGGAUCAAGCAUGGGUAUAUAUUCUAUAGUUAGUGAAUGUAUCUCUAUCUCCUUGCUGUUACCAUCGCAUGGAAAUCAAUGGCUGGCUAUUGUGUGGAUGCAAUAUCAUCAUCUUUAGUUUAUAAGAUAAGAUAUGAAUGUCUAUUCCACAUACUACAUUGCGAUUAUGCACCGGAGGAACAAGUUGCUGAAAUUGAGUCUCAGGUGAAGAAGCUGCUUGAAUUACUCGGGGGUCUAAUUAUAUGCUUGCAAGAAUAUUCUUGCUUUUUAUUGUUUUGUUUCAAAGUCUCUUUUUUGGUAUUGUUUCUUAGUGACAACUAUGGCUAUUUUUUAAUUUUAUUUUGUAAUGAUCAAGGCUUAGUCCGAACAUGGCUUUUUGUUUACCUUGACACUAGUGUUAGAGUAGUCUUUUAAUGGAGCAUGUCAAAAUCUAAAAGUUGAAAUGUGAAUAAAAUUAAUUGCAUCUGUUUGAUUUCU